AUGUCGGCUCUCAAACUGAAGCCUCCCGACCUUAAUUUUCCUAUCGUCAUGGACUCCUCCGAUAUUCUUUAUUUCAGUAAACAACCACACAGAGCAUUUCCCCAACCCAUCACCACACUACCUCCACAUCCCCAACCUUCUCUCUCCUACUUGUUCUUAGAUUCUGUAACUUACACCAAAAUAAUUCGAUCAUCGGUUAAAACUGGAUCUCUGAUACAUGGAAAACUUGCUCAUGCACACAUGAUCAAGACUUCCUUCCAACCCUGUUUAUUCUUACUCAACAAUCUUCUAUACAUGUAUAGCAAAUGCGGGGAAUUAUGCAAUGCUCAAAACCUGUUUGACAAAAUGUCCAAACGCAAUGUCAUUUCAUAUAAUUCUUUAAUUUCUGGGUAUUCCCAGUGGGGUGUGCAUGAUAAGGUCAUGCGUGCUUUCUGUCAGGCUAGAAUGGGCGGUCUUAAACUCGACAAGUUUACCUAUGCGGGCGCUCUGGGGGUUUGCGGUCACACUGGGGAUAUACAAUUUGGUAAGCUAAUUCACAGCUUGGUUAUUGUGGAUGGAUUGAGUAAUCAAGUUGUUUUGGUUAAUUCUCUUAUUGAUAUGUACUCAAAAUGCUGCCAGAUUGAGCAGGCGAAAUUGUUGUUUGAGACUUCCAAAGUCCUGGAUGAAGUUUCUUGGAAUUCAAUGAUUGCUGGUUAUGUUCGAUCACGUGUCAACGAGGAGGUUUUUGAGCUCCUUGUGAAAAUGCAUCGAUCUGGGAUGAUGUUAAGUAGCUAUACUUUAGGAAGUGUACUUAAGGCAUGCUGCACCAAGGGUAUGAAUCGAUUUGGUGAAACGCUUCAUGGAUACAUAGUCAAGCUCGGUUUGGAUAUAGACGUUGUUGUAGGGACUGCAUUGCUCGAUAUGUAUGCAAAGAAUGAAAACUUACUCAGUGCUAUUCAAAUUUUCAAGUUUACACCCAACCCUAAUCUUAUCACGUAUAAUGCUAUGAUUGCUGGCUUCCUGCAAGCAGGGACUAACUCCACUGAAUACGCACGAGAAGCACUUCAUCUUUUCUCUGAGAUGAAAAGGCAAGGAAUGAAGCCCUCUAAAUUUACAUUCUCAAGCAUACUCAAGGCUUGUAUUGGCGAUGAAACUUUUGAGGUUGGAAAGCAAAUUCAUGCUCAAAUUUGUAAAAACAAUCUUCAGUCUGAUGAGUUCAUUGGCAGCGCUCUAGUAGAUUUGUACUCAUUUUCUGGUUCAAUUGAAGACGGGCUAAGGUGUUUCAACUCAACUCCUAAGUUGGAUGUCGUCUCAUGGACAUCCAUGAUAGCAGGCUCUGUUCAAAAUGGACAGUUUGAAAAUGCCCUGUCUUUGUUCCAUCAGCUCUUGGCAUCUGGAAUUAAACCAGAUGAGUUUAUCAUAUCUAGUGUGAUGGGUGCUUGUGCAGAUAUGGCCACGGCAAGAUCUGGAGGGCAGAUUCAGAGUUAUGCAUUAAAAUCUGGGAUUGCCAAUUUUACCAUUGUUCAAAAUUCACAGAUUUGCAUGUAUGCAAAGUCCGGAGACAUUGAUUUGGCUAAGCAGACAUUUCAGGAGACAGUGAGUGCAGAUGUGGUAUCCUGGUCAGUGCUGAUAUGUAGCACCGGACAACAUGGAUUUGCCAGAGAAGCUUUACAACUUUUUGAGUUGAUGAUUACUACUGGAAUUGAACCCAAUCAGGUCACAUUUCUUGGGGUUUUGACUGCUUGUAGCCAUGGAGGUCUAGUUGAAGAAGGACUACAGUUCUUUGAGACCAUGAAGAAAGAUUAUGGCAUAGCAGCUAGUGUAAAGCACAAUGCUUGCAUUGUUGACCUGUUGGGCCGUGCUGGGAGGUUAGAAGAUGCCCAGAAUUUCAUCUUUGAUUCAGGCUUUGAAAAUGAUCCAGUAUUAUGGCGUGCCUUGUUAAGUGCUUGCAAAGUUCAUAAAGACACUGUCAUGGCAAAACAUGUUGCAGACAGAGUAAUAGAGCUCGAACCUCAAGCAGCUGCAUCUUAUGUGCUUCUUUACAAUGUCUACAAUGAAGCUGGGAAGGAGAAGCCUGCUUUAGAAGUUAGGAAGCUCAUGCAAAAUAGAGGGGUUAAGAAGGAACCUGGUAUAAGCUGGAUUGAAGUAGGAAGCAAAGUUUAUUCUUUUGUGGUCGGAGAUCACUCUCAUCCAAUGAGUCAAUUGAUUUACUCACGGUUGGAAGAAAUGUUGGAAAAAAUAAAGAGAAUUGUCUCUGAUAAUGCGAAGCUUCCUUUGAGUAUCUCAGGAGUUGAACUUCGUGGCAAAACAGGCCUGAAGGGCCACCACAGUGAGAAGUUAGCGGUAACUUUUGGAAUACUCUUUCUACCAAAAUCAGCGCCAGUGAGAGUGAUGAAGAAUUUGAGAGUCUGCAGUGAUUGUCACACGAUAAUGAAGCUCAUAUCUGAAAUAGAGAAGAGAGAAAUAAUUCUUAGAGAUGCUAUUCGUUUUCAUCACUUCAGAGAAGGUUCUUGUUCUUGUAAAGAUUACUGGUAGCAGACGACGUAGGAUCAGUUCCAGGAACUAGGAAACAAAGAGCAUUUGUAUUCAGAGGAUUAAUUAGACAGGGAGGACUAGGAGAGAAAUUGAAGAUUUCUUCGAUCAUAUGAUAAUUCUCUGAGGUGGUUUAAUAAACACAUACACACAAGCAGUCGCCAUUAUGCAGGCGUGUGAAAAAGGAAAUCUUUGUUAGACAUGGUUGAAACUUUGAAUUUUUGUAUGAAUUCGUGAAAGGAUCUAAGCUUAAAGAGUGAAAAGAGCAUAAUAAUUGUACAUCAGAAAAAGUUAGCUCUUGUUUCAUUGCUUCUUGCAUUUCAAGUGGUA